AUGACCUCCCAACCCUCCUCAAUAAUCAUCGAUCCCUUCCUCACUUCCGUCCUCUCCGCCGCCGACCUCGCGCGCCAGCAAUGCGUCGCCCUGCUCGACCUCCUGGACGCACACCCUCUCCCCCCGAACACCCCACCACCUCGCGAAACCGAGCUCGAGCUCUCGAAGCAGCAGAAGCUCCUCUACUCCUACCUCGCCCAAGUCCGCGGCCUGAACCGCAGCGCCAUCCUCGGCGUGCGCCAGACCAAGCAGGCGACGGCCGAGGCGCGCCAGGAGAUCGACACCCUGCACCUGCAGCUGCAGAAUCUGUAUUAUGAGCAGCGGCAUCUGAGGGGGGAGAUUGGCGCUUGUGAGGCUUAUGAGCACAAGUACCAGCAACUACCGCUAAUACCCCUCGAGGACUUUCUCGAGAAGUUCCCGGAGCAUAUGGGCGAUGAUGAGAACGCGCUCAUGAUUGCGCGGAUUAAUCACGAGCAUGCGGAGCGCCAGGCGCUGGAGGAGAGCCGGCAGGGGUUAUUGAAGAAGAAGCAGGGCUUGAUUGCGAAGAAUAAGAAGCAGAGGGAUGACCUUGCGAAGUUGGAUAAGGAUCUGGAGAAGUUCAUCGAGGCGGCGAACCCCAUUAUGAAGACCUUCGAGAAGGAGUAUUAG